UUACUUUUCGUCAAGUGGAGAGGACAUUUUUUGCUCAUUAGCAACGAGCACAGCACACAGAGGGGACUCGAGUUGCAUUUUCUUGAUCUUGGGAUGCUUCUGGUUGUUGAUGCUGCGUAGAUAUUCCAGGCACCUUAAACAAAUCAACUUGGCCCUUGUGUCCAUGUCAGAUCUGGGAUGAAAUUAUUCAGUGUCGGCUGGAAUCCAAGGUGAAUGGUUGCGGUGGUAUCUGGAUUUUCUAAUUAGGUUCAAAUAAUGAAAUAAUACUUUCGUCCAGAGCUCAUGGCUUCCCAAGUGCCAACAGGCCAAAGGACACCAUGCCAUUACGGGAGUUCCAUCGUUCAGCGUGGCAGUCUCUCUUCGCAAACACUCAAAAUUUCUGGACAUCAAUACCAAAAGCCAACUGUUUUCCACGUUGGUAUAGUUAUCAGUGUAAACAGUCAGAUUGAUGAUGAGAACAGGCAGGCGUUAGAGAAACGUUGUGCCGGGGAGCAGUGAGCUAACCUGCACUUUACUAAUUAUCUGGCUUGAAAAUAUUUAUUGUAACAUUCAGUAACUAUUUCCUGUGCAGAUGGCGCUUGUUGUUUUGGGCUCAGAGCCACGUCUGGUAAAGUUUGAGCCCCACAUGCCACUGUUUAAGUGCCUCCAAGGGGGUGUGAACGUCUUUAAAUGAAUACAGCUCUCAAUGAAAACUCUGCAGUACAUUACAUUUUAUAAUACAUACACUCAACAACAAUCGAGUUUUGCAAGGAAAGAUAUUUAAACACAUUAAAUAAACAAAAUUGAUCAUCCCGCUAGUUUUUUUUUAUUAGGAAAUAUGUGUUUACUAAAGUAUUCGUUUUACCUGGGAAAGCCUCACCGAAUCUCAAGAGUCUUUAUCAGGAGGCGCCUGCUUGAGAUGUUUGGCCAACUCCUUUAAAUACGAGGACUUGGUUCUGUGGGUGAAACCAGUGCCUGGAGUAAAACCCUCACUCACAAGGUGCACAACACUAAAACAGAUAGGUCAGCCACCAUAUCUCCUGUACUGCCUGCCUCCUUCGGGCAUCCUGGAACACAUAGGGUAUACCGCGCACGUACGUAAAGCGUAUCGACGGGACGUUUGGCCGGUAUCUUAUUGUAGUACCCCUGGGAGUGACGGGUGUGUUCAGUUGCAUUGAUCCAGCGGUGUCUCCCGGGCCGCUUGCGGAUGUUGGGUGCGGCGCUGGGAACGUUGGCGUGGAGUGGAAAGCGCUCGCAUUUUCCCCCCUUUCGGCGCUACGCUCGCGGUUUUCAGUUGCACAAAGUGCUGCCGUGCCCCUUAGCUCCGGUAAUUUGGAAACCCGUGCGUCCUCCUCCACGAACCCAAGCACGGUUUUGUUGCUCGCGGCAGCGUUUGCGCCAGCUCGGGUGACGGCCGGUGCACGUGCGGCAACGUUCGAGCUCGAGGGACGACGAUCCUAGCUCUGUCGAUGAUGCUCAGGGUCAUCGUGUACCCUUGUGGCACUCUACACCUGGCCCCUUGGUUAGCACACCUGGGCACUUAACGCACGGGAGCAAUUAACACGGUGCAAGAGCCUGCUCUGGUAGUGGUCGCUGCCAGUGUCCAUUUGUCUACACGAUCAAACUCCAUGUUAGCUUCUCGGGUAUUAUAGUUUCCUCUUGCGCACAACAACCACUCAAACAGGAACUUAGCACUCAUCCAAGGAGCAGGUCUUCUUGAAAAUCACAUUCAGUGAGGCUGUCUUGAACAAACCGAGGUGUUAAUGCAUUCUUUGAUUUUGUGCCAAACCGUGGUAUGUGUUGGUAAUGCGAUUGGCGACCGGUGCCAUGUAUGUCGUGGCAGCGACGUCACCAAGAAAUAAUUUCUGCGUCUGGCUAAAUUUGGUGCGUUCAGCGGAAACCGGCGCCGCGAAGGUGGAGUUGGCACCUGCGCUGGAAGUUCGAGCCCCGUCGCUCCGGUCGGCCCGGCCAGAACCGCGCAGGAUUUGUAUUCACCGCGACGAUUGGUGCGGCACCGUGGGUAAAUCACGCGGUCCGUCUCGGUGCCUUAAAUAAGCAAAUGUAGGGGUCGGUGCAUGUUUUGUUCUUGGUGUUUUAAAUGCAGAUAUUUAUUUAUUUUAUCCCCGCUCUGUGGUUGGGUGUCCACUACGCAGUACUCGGAAUCUGUGAAGAGUAAAAGAGGAGAGAGAAAGGGGAAUGAAUUGCUUCAGUUAAGCGCUUGGCACUGCAUUGCAGUUGAAUUUGCGUGAGACAACGUUGUUUUGUUGUGGAACUGAGCUGAACCCUCAGCUGGUAUACGUAAACAUACGCACACAAGGAGAGGUGGGAUGCAAUUCGGCUUGUUGAAAUGCAAACCACCCAAUCGUGGGAUUGUGAGUUUAAAUCCAGACUCUGCUCCAUCAGCAGCUUCUUCAUCAUCACCAUCAUUGCCCCUCGAGGCGGUGCCAUCUUUUCAUAUCGGUGACCACGGCUGAAUGCCUAUUUGAUCACGGGAUCACUUCACACUUAGACUUUUGGGAUUGAAGUGGCCCUUAAUAAUUCUGUCUUCGCCAGCGAGACACACGGAUCCGGCGUGGCCGGAUGCCGGCGGGAGCGCGCGGGCACUUUUGCGUAACCGCGGGACGUUGUGAAACUCGGUGCGGCUGGGGAGCGACUCGCUCAAUCCGUGGUCGUGCCGCUCUGCCGGCCGCUCUCACCAGCGCCGUGCCGCGCCCCCACCUUGAGAGUGCGUGCCGUGAGCCCAGCUCGGUGACCCACCAACCAAUACAUUUGUCGAGCCAGGGACACUGCCUGCACCCAAUGAAAGUUUCCAACGCUUAAGUAAAUAAAUACCACGCAUUUAUUUAUCGCUUCGGAAUUCAGCGCCCAUUAUUAAUCCGUUGCCAGACUAUAGAUGUGGUCUGCAGUGCCAAUACCACCAUGACCUCACUAUGUCGAUGUCCAGCUUUGCUGGUAUCACUUGAUAUGGAAUAAACUGUGGUGUUGCCUGCAUUGUUUAGCAACACCUUGCAGUCUUUACGAUUGCCUCUUCUAAAUGAAGAGUGAUUCCCAUCCUUUGAUACAUAUAUUUUUAUAUUACUGUAUUGUUUUAGUGCAGUCAUUUUAAUGGACGAUUUUGCAAAAAGCCACUGAGUGUGUAUUUUUUUAAUGAGAAACUCUCAAUUAAAAUUAAAUCCUAGCUCCUAAUUUUGCAUGUUUGCACCUCUAAGCGAUGUGUCUUGGACUGCAAAAUUAGUUUUUAAUUUUGUGACAGAGAAUAAAAUGACAGCCAGGAUCAUCUUAGCGAUGGCACUCAUAAACAAAGCUACAACAUUGUAUUCUGCAGUCACGAAAGCUUUAAAUCAAAAUUUACUACAACAUUGUGUCGACAGCCCGACACGUACAUAGCGUCGGUACUUUCCUACAAGAUGAGAGCUGUUUUCUCUUGGGGUUUCAUAUUUUCCUUUAAAAUCGAUAGCUGGUAUUGGGGCGACGCUGAUAGGGGCCACUUCACUGCGUGCGAGUGUCUAUAUCUGUAUCCCAGCUCGAUUUAUAUCGUUUACUUAUACUGUCCAUGACAUCCCCACUGAGCUGCAGUACUCCUUUCAAUAGGUUCCUGCAUUGAGAUGUUCGGCCAAUUCCUUUUAAAGGACUGUUUUGUAUGUGCAACAAAACUGGGGUAGCUGGAGAGAACCCGCCAGGUACACAGGGGAAUAAUAUUGAUAGGGUCCACACACAAUGUGGGUGUGUUGCCCUGGCUCGGUUGUCUCGCGGCCCGGCGGGGUUUGGAGAUCUUCAAAACCUGCGGGAUCCACCAAUCUGUGCCCCCAUAGCUCAUGUGUAGUCUCUUAUGCCUCAUUUCUUUGAUCACUGGGAACCAGGCUCUGCCAGCCCAGGAACGGCCCAGUUCUUGCCCGGAAACGUCACCGAUUCCCAGCUCCAUGUCCCCAUGCUCCAUAGAACCGUGAGCUUCCAUGGGCUCGACCACUCCCAUUCCUUCCUCCCCCAACUCAUCCCUCUUCCUACUCUCUGGAAUGGGAUGUCAAGAAGAUAUAUUGUUUUAUGUUAGAUUAUUUGAAAAGUGUAACGAAGGCAUGGGUUAGUGUAGACUAUUUUAAGUGAGUCGUAAUUUUUAGACGUAAAUUUUUAACGCAUAGAGCCGAGACGUUUAAAGCAAAUGAGUGAUGUCACAGUUGGUUUGCAUCGAUCUCCUGUAUACCAGGCGAGGGAGUUAACAUCUCGCCCCCGCAGAUAACGUUGAACAUGCUUCACAUGGCACUUGUUGCUGUGAUGUGAUCGGUAGUCUGUGUACAGAACCGCUUGCAUGUAAUGCAUUUGCUGGGACGCACGCAGACCCCGUGCUUAUAAUCUGUCAAGUGUUCUCUAUGCAACACUCGCUCCUGUGAUCUCUUCAGCUCAGGGGGAGGGGAGCGGGUGGAGAAACAUGCUUAGGUUUGGUCAGCUUUCUCCUUUAUCCUCUUGCUGUGUUCUGUAACAGCUUGAAGUUGCGCGUUCAAGACCACAAAAUGAGCUUCCCAAAAGCUUCCUGCGCUCGUGACAUUUGUGAUAUCCCUCAUAGACCGCUCUUUCAUUCGCGAUAUCUAUGCCGCUUUGGUGCACAAAACUCAGCCCUUUCCCCUACAAUAGUGGCUUCUAAAUUAUUGCCGGGCUGCACUGAACAACUUGUGUUCAAAACUCGUUUCUGCUUCUUGCAGCGAUGGUUCUGCUGCCUGUAUUGUUGAAUGGAUGAUGCCCGUGUGAACCAUUUGUUCGACUGUGGACGCGAGCAGGUGACAAGUAUCAGCAGGUGACAUGCUGAUACUUGUUUAAAAGCACCAUACUAGAGUAGCACUGUAUUUGUGUGCCUCCAAGUCUUCACAUUGAUUAAUGGUAUGGAAAUGAUCAUGGCCUUUAUCCAGGAAAGCUUCAUUGAGUCUCAAGACACGUAUUUACUCGAUGCCUGCUUUGGAUAUUUGGAUACUAUCUCAUUAAAUUUUUAUCACAGUGAUCUGUUGAUCUAAAAAACAUAUUUACUAUGUUUAUAGUGCAAUUUUUUUGACUUGCAGGCAAAAAGUGUAUCGUUAAAAUGGUGAAGCUACAAUCAUCUCGCAUCUACUGUGUAUGCAGUGUUAUAUAACAAUUUGUGGUGUCUCAAUAAUUAUUCACAGCCUUUUUGUAAAUCCACUGCUGGAUGAAGGCCCCCCCACGCCACGUAGGCCAUAGGGGUUAUUUGACCGUGCAUAGCCACGCCGGGCAUUGUGGGUUGGUGAAGGGGUGGUUGAGAACCAGCUGGGAAUACAUUCGCCACUGAUGUUAGCCAUGGCAGGGAAUCAAACUCGGAUCUCUGUGUUUGUUGUGCAACGUGCAAUACACUGUACUACUGCUCCACCCCCUUUCACCAUUAGGUGCGGGCAAAUUGUUUGGUGUUCCCACGAUGAGUGCCACACUCUGGUAAAGUAAUUGUCUCUGGAUCUUUGUUGUUUCUGGCAUUAGCCUCAUCUCGUAAUGACCCCCCCCGCCCCGAGAAAUGCUGUGGAACUCAAAAUUAAUGUUUUAUUUACAUUUUGUCUUGCCGAUGUUAUUCAUUCCUUUCGUGAUUUAAGAAAAUUCCCCUCUGGCCACUUUUUGUUCCAGGCUAAACUUCCUUAGCCUUCUUUGUAUUUUUCACCACAAACCUUGUCCUGAAAAUCCGAGAAAUAUUUUAUUUUCUCGCUCGCUAAGCUCGCACUCGAUUCGUGAUGGUGGCUCGGUACGGACGUGGGGGAAAAAAAAGUUUGAAUUGAAAAUCUAUUCCUGUAUUCGCUCAGACCCUAUCAUGGUAGAGUUAUGGCCAGUGGUUCAGAUAGGGACUACAACGAUGUCUAAACUGAAAGUCACUGAAUACAGUAUCGCAUCAUUACUGAUGUUAAUUUAAAUCAAGUUCUUUGAGGGCUAGAAAGUUAACAUUUUCUAUAAUCAUGGCACAGUUGAUUGCUAUUAUGUCUGAAAAAUGCAAAGCCAUUCAUAAAAAAAUGUCGGUACCCCAUAAUUAAAGGACAGCAUAUUAUGUAUGCUGGGUUUGACACCUCGUCCUAUGAAGGUUUGUAUUUUGAAGUUUUGAUGGGUACUGAACCCCAAAUAUUAAAAUAUUUUUUAAUAGUGUGACACUGACGUAGAUAAUAAUGGAUAAUUAAAUAUUGAAACUUUUGUUUUGGUGUUUUUUUAUGGAGUCUGAUUGUGGGACCACGUAUGAGCAUCCACCCUCUCCCAGUCUCUGUGUGCGGAAUAGCAAUUGGGAUGGCGGAGGCUGUGUGCUUGGCAGUUGAAGGCGCCGGCGUGCGCUGUAGCGGCGGCACUUGGCAGGGGUUCGCCGCCCCAGCUCGUGGCCCCCGCUGCAUCGUCGCCAGCCCCCACGGGAGACACGGAAUCAGAAAUAUGCUUUUUUUCACAUUCGUGGUAUUCGCUGCAGAAUAGUAAUAACAAGUGGUUUUGCCUUUUGGUAUUUACUGUAAUUUAUAGACUUGCACCACAAUGAGAAUUUUGAGCACAGUUUCACAACGUGUACAAGUCUCUUCAUUGCGCCAAAAAAAAAAGGUCAAACUGUCUUCCGGCGUGAACAGUGAUGGGGGUGGUGUUCAUUUGUGUUGGUGGCCCAGAGCCAGUGGUGGAAAUUAUCUUAUGCUAUUCGGGCGGGGACCGGGCAAAUGAUGUUGACUUCCCACGGUGGCAUUCACCCGAGGGUGGAUAAAAAGGCAUUUCGUCCUAGUACGUCCGACACCGCGGUAUUUUCUGAUAAUAUCUCCCUUGUUGAGAACGGUGGGCAAAUGAUUUCUGUCUGAAUUCAAGUCUUGAUUGGUUGUCAUACUGACGCUCGAGUAAAAAGCCACGUUAUGAUUACACUAAUGAUGACCCUCAUCCUACCGCUACUUGUGCUAGAACUCGGGGUUAUUUCUCCAGACAGGUAGCUCUGAUGCCGUCUCUGGAGAGCCUCACGAGCUGUCCGAGAUAAACAUCGCCCCGGGUGGGUGGUGCUCUUUCUCCCAGGGAAGAGCGCUGGUGACAUUGGCAGUGGAGCAGAAUUAGCUGGACUGCACGGUGGGCUUGAGUCAAGAGUCGUGUGUUCCUUUCUGCCUUCUGUUUUGUCGCUGGUGUACAUCGUCGAUAGUGUGGGGAGCAGCGGCGGGAAGCUCGUACUGAUUGCAUGGAGCUACGAUCCCGUUCGACCUGGGUUCGAAUUUUGACCGUGCACGACAUCGGCGGACUUAGAUGUGGCACAGGCUUCCAUUUGGUUGUCAAAAUCGAAAGCCAGAAAUGUCCAAACAGGAGAGUUGGUGGCCAUCAAAAUCAUCAAACUGGAGCCCGGAGAUGACUUCUCGGUGAUCCAGCAAGAGAUUGUGAUGAUGAAGGAGUGCAAACACACCAACAUCGUCGCCUACUACGGCAGCUACCUACGGCACGACAAGCUUUGGAUUUGCAUGGAGCACUGCGGAGGAGGGUCCCUCCAGGAUAUUUAUCACGUGACGGGGCCCCUGACGGAGCGGCAGAUCGCGUACGUGACCCGGGAGACGCUCCAGGGCUUGGCCUACUUGCACAGCGAGGGGAAGAUGCACAGAGACAUCAAGGGGGCGAACAUUCUGCUCACGGACGACGGAGACGUGAAGCUGGCCGACUUCGGGGUCUCUGCUCAGAUAACGGCUACGAUCGCCAAAAGGAAGUCCUUCAUCGGCACCCCUUACUGGAUGGCUCCGGAGGUGGCGGCGGUGGAGAGGAAGGGCGGCUACAACCACCAGUGCGACGUGUGGGCCGUGGGCAUCACCGCCAUCGAGCUGGCUGAGCUGCAGCCGCCCAUGUUCGACCUGCACCCCAUGAGGGCCCUCUUCUUGAUGUCUAAGAGUGGCUUCCAGCCGCCCAAACUCAGGGACAAGCAGAAGUGGUCGCCCGUCUUCCACAACUUCAUCAAGAUGGCGCUAACCAAGAACCCCAAGAAGAGGCCCACGGCGGAGAAGAUGCUGACGCAUUCGUACGUCCAGCAGCCGCUGAGCCGGGCACAGGCGUUGGAGUUGCUGGAGCGCGUGAGUGACCCUGAGCCGCCCACUGCGGCCCCCGACCCCGACCUCGAUGACGAUGAGUUGCAGUUCUCAGUGCCACACAGGAUCCGCUCGAUGAACCGACAGAGAACCGAGAGGACACUGUCAGAGAUAAAUUUCGACCGGGUGAAGUUCAACCUCCCACUGCGCAAGGAGACGGAGCCCAACCACGACACGGAUGUGCAGCAAGGGAGCUACGAGUGUGGGCCGCUCUGGGCCCACAGCACAGGAGGCGACCUGAGCCUGCUGAGGUCCGUCGAGGAGGAGCUGAAGCAACGCGGCCACGCGGCUUGGCUAAACGAUGACGGAGAUGCGAGCCAACACAUGAGAUAUCACGAUUACUGCAACAGCUCCACAAUCAAGGUCACGACUUCCAUAAAGGCGACGGACGAGAGCAACGUCGUCGUCGUCAAGGAGGAGGAGGUGGAGGGAGACGGCGCCACCCCCGCCCCUCCCGCAGCGCCGGGCCCUCCGCGGGACGAGGCGGACCUCGGGGCCGGGGCGGCCCUCGGGGCCGGGGCGGCCGGGGCCGAACCCAGGGCCACGUUCCGUCAGUUUGCUCACAUGUGGGUGCAGUACCACAACGCCCCACAGCCCCUGGUGGCAGAGAUAAUUAAUGGCGAUGAACUCACCGGUCUGCCCGUGAUUGAAAACUCAUCCAGCAUGGAGGGGCAGCCGCUUCUGACUCCUGGUCACAAGGACAAGAAGGACUUCUCAAGCUGGUGUAACGGACUUCCUCCGACUCCCAAGGUUCACAUGGGCGCCUGCUUCUCCAAGGUGUUCAACGGAUGUCCCCUCCGCAUCAGCUGCGCCACCUCCUGGGUGCACCCCGACACCAGAGACCAGCACAUCAUAAUCGGCGCCGAGGAAGGGAUCUACACCCUCAACCUCAACGAAUUGCACGAGGCUACAAUGGAGCAGCUCUACCCACGGCGCUGCACCUGGCUCUACGUGUUCAACAACGUGCUCAUGGCCAUAACCGGCAAGGCAGGCACGCUCUACUCGCACGCGCUCCUGGGCCUGUUUGAGCAGGCGCGGCGUGAGCAGAAGCUGCCCGACCGCAUCCUGCCAAGGAGGUUCAUGGUCUCCACCAAGAUCCCCAACAGCAAGGGAUGCUACCGGUGCUGUGUGGUGCGGAACCCGUACACGGGCUGCAAGUACCUGUGUGCAGCGCUACACACGGGCGUGCUGCUGCUGCUGCAGUGGUACGAGCCGCUCAUGAAGUUCAUGCUCAUCAAGCACGUGGAUGCGCCCCUACGCAGCCCGCUGGUGCUCUUCGAGAUGCUGGUGAUGCCGGAGCAGGAGUUCCCGCUGGCGUGCGUGGCGCUGGCGUCGAGCUCCCAGCCGGAUCAGGUCGUCUCGUUCCACGCCAUCGACCUCAACACGGGCGCCUGCAGCCAAGCUGGGGGACACCCGCUGGAGGCCGUCUACGUGAACCAGCUGGAGAGGGACAGCGUGCUCGUGUGCUUUGACAAGAGCGUGAAGAUAGUGAAUCUUCAGGGCAAGUUGAAGUCCAGCAAGAAGCUGGCCUCUGAGCUGUUCUUCGACUUCCAAAUCGAGUCUAUCGUGUGCCUGCAGGACAGCGUGCUGGCAUUCUGGAAGCACGGCAUGCAGGGACGAAGCUUCCGAUCCAACGAGGUCACGCAGGAGAUCACGGACCGCUCGCGAGUCUUCCGGCUGCUCGGCUCCGAGAGGGUGGUGGUGCUGGAGAGCCGGCCCACGGACAACCCCUCCGUGCACAGCAACCUCUACAUCCUGGCGGGCCACGAGAACAGCUACUGACUUCGCCAACGUCGCCCUGCUCUCAUCAUCCAUGCCCUGCUCUCAUCAUCCAUGCACCCCAGCGAAUGGCACGCUCCGUUCCCCAUCCGGCGUGCCACCCAUGCCGAACUGUGGGGCGGAGGGCGAGUGGUCACCCAUCGGUACGAUGCUGCUGCCGAGACGGGCACGCAGCGCCCAAAUCUAAGCACGCCAGCUUAUUAAAGGCCGGAGCACAGCUCUGGAUCCACUCUGUCGAUUGGAAGACAAAUCUCUGGGUCCUUGCGAGUGACCUCUCAAAUGCGGGGGCAACUACGUGUUCCGCUGAGGUUCCUUACCGCCAAGAGAGGGAGGGAGUCCUCCUGCAGCAGACACUUUCUUGCUGUGGUUGCAGUCGUCACGGAUAUGCUGGGGUAUGUUAUGUUAAAUGUUGUGUAGCAACAUGGGAUGUGGCCAACACAGCUGUGCUGCUGCUCUCUGAUGUUUACUGCCUCGCCCUGGCCAGGAUAUAACACACGGCUUGCCUGGCCCACGAUGCACCGAGUGUGGACGUGGCCUUCGCUCCGACGCAUUCCCUGCCAGCGACUCGGUGAACAGCCGGGUUCUCUGCUUUUUCAUUUGUUCUGGCGACCAUCUCUGUAAGCUGUUCCCUCAAGAAUCCACCACCGACGACGGGAACAGAACAAACUUGCGGAGCCUCGAAGGGCGGCUCCGCGUAGGCGGCGUGUUUUGCGGCGCCCUUGCGGAGAGCGGCGGGGUGGGGGAACGGAGGAGCCGUGCGAUGGGACUACGCACGCCUGCUUGUUGCUGCCGGUGUACUCGACGCAAUAACUACGCGCUGUCUGCCGCACCAUGGGCGUUAAAGAUCCCACGACUUCAUUGGUAAGAGUAGGCCAUUGUGUGCCGGCUUCGUUUGCCGAAUUUGCAAAAUUACUCGCAAUUGGAAUGUACGUAGCGAUCAUCCCCCCCCCCCACCCCAAAAAAAAACUUGGCAGGACCCUCCUGAAAAACAGUGGUGAGACUCAACGAGGUGUUCCUCAGUUACAAAAUAGAUGCCCUCGGUUCGAUGGCCAUGGUGGGAGUUUGCGCAUGUACGAGAUACAAUGAUUUGCCAGUAUUGCUAGCUACAGCGUCUGUGUACACACGCUAGCGUGUGUGCGUUUGUGUAUUCAAUGAACUGAGAGUCGAAGCUGCAUGCGUGCGCGUGAGAGGCUGUGCGUCUGGUCUUGUGUGCGUGUUUGCGUGAGGUCGCUCACCGCCGCAUUGCCACACAGAUGCGUUUGCCAUAAUAGCUGCCCGUCGAUCAAAACUCUAUGCAACUCCUCGUGGGCCUACCCAUCCCACCGUUUCAUUCAUAGCCACACCUUGAGCGCAAGUUUUAACAGCAUCGUCAACAUCACCGGCAUGCCCAUUUAGUUAACGUGAUGUAUACGUUUUCUUAUCGUACCACAAAAACCUUUAUAACGUAUUGGACGGCUACCCGAAAUUCCAUUCAUCAUCAUACAUAUCCACCGUAAUCUCUGCUCUGCUAGAAAACAUACCCAAGAUAACCUGACUAAAAAAUACCCCGUGGACAACCACAACUUGAUUGGUUAGAGAGAGAGGGUGCUUGAGAACGUUCGGGACUUCACACCUAUAUUUAAUUUUGAAAUGCGUAAAAUGUACUCGUAUUAACUCUGAGCGUGAGAGUGCACGCCUGUGCACGAACGUUACGUUCGGCCUCGUAAAGCUAAACACAGCUGGCUGUGUAAAUGCUAUCGGGGUUGACAGUUUACCCACACAGACAACAGUUCACAUCCGAGCUGGGGUCACAACCCACAGGUGGGCCGUGGCCGUCAUAGCAGCACAGUUCUUCACGUGCUGUAUUAUUCCACCUCGUGCACUCAUUUGUUGCAAACAUGGGUUUCAUUUGUCGAAAAUAUGCGAGAAAGAGCGAGAAGUGGUUUGCUGGAAGGAGACUCCAAAUGCCGUAUAUAUUCUUGUCGGGCAUGCGGAGCCUUUGGGCCGCCCUUGUUGAGCACACCGCUUGGGUCGUGAGCAGUGGCUGCCCUCGGGGGGCGAGCCCCACGUGUCCUAGAGGCGGCCGUGACUGCUGUAAGCUAGUACUGCGUCGGCACAUGUUGCGGCUCACCGUGGAGAUUGUCGAUGACGCAACAUGCUUGUGUUCUCAGGCACAUCAUAUGUCAAUGUGUGUAUUCAUAGUCACAGCCACCGAUGUAUUUUGCGCGUUCCUGUAUAUACACAUAACGCUGUACUGUUUGCGCAUAUAUGUACAACUUUUCGCAUUGUCAUCACUUACAUGGGCUUCAGGUAUGCCUUCACCAAAAAGGGUGAGGCUUAGGACUUGAAAUGAAAUGGCAUGCAUCGUUAAACGCUGUCCUUAACAAAAAAAAAUCGAAUUUCCCAGUGAAGCGACUGUCCCUUGUCAUUGGUCGUUAUGGUUUGCUUGGUGCAGCUGUAAUUGACGAUGGCAAUGGACCACACCGUUGCGCUCUAACAAAUCACACUUUCGGGUGGAACUGAUCACAAAAGAGAUUUCGUGCCUGAGAAUCUAACUCUGCAUUUUAAAGGUCGUACGAGUGUGGUGUGUGUUGUUACUCAGUUUUACCCUACAAGCAUGUAUUUACAUUAGCACUUUCACCAGUUCAUUUUCAUUUAUUUCCAUUGGAACAUUUCCCAGGAAAAGUAAUAAUUUUCAAACCUGUCAAUCCACUGCUGGAUGAAGCAACCCAUGCCGUAUUAGCCAUGGGUAUUUUUGUUGAUUAUACUUCACUAAGCUGGUCAGCACGGGUUGAAGGAAUUAAUGUAAUAGAACAUUUUCCAAAAUUUACAUUGAACGAGGGAUUUUUUUCUCAAUUUUGACCACGGAUUUCUAUAUUUUGACAUGAACAUGCAAAUAGGCCAAUGAUAAAAAUGACGCGAGAGUGUGCUCUAACAACGUCACGCGUUUUGAAUACGAGCCGGUAUGGUUUGCGUGCAUCAUCACCGUUCAUUAGCAAAACCUUGCUAUUUGUAUUUGUUUGUUCAACCCCAACAGAUGUCCGCAAGAAAUGUAACAAAACGUUCCAGCAAUGUUUUAAGCAUUUUCAAACGAAACCUCGGAAGCACUCCGGUGCAAUUGUACUUAAUAAACAUCUGAAAU